AUGUAUCAGUUUGUUGACAAGACUGGUACAUUCAAAGUCAAUGUUCCAUUUCCACCUUCGAUCGAUGUUAAAGAACUGAUUUUUUCUAAACCUGACAAAAGUAAAGCGCCAAGAUCACCCAAUGCGUUUAUUAUUUACAGAAAAGUAUUUUCAGAAUCAGCACGAAAUGAAGGAUAUUAUUUGCCAAUGACAGUCGUCUCAUCACUCGCAUCUCAAUCGUGGGAAAAGGAACCAGAAGAAGUUCAAGCUUAUUAUAAACAACUUGCGAAAGAGGCAUUUAAGUAUAGAAAUGAAAAGUACCCAAAAGUUAUUAAGCGUAGAAAACGAAAAGCGGGAUGUAAUGUUAUUACAUUCCACGUUCCAACCAAUUUUGAACCAGCAAAGAAAGCCAACCAAACCUUACGAAUUCAACAAGAAUUUGAAGACACAAUUGAUUUUAAUACAUUUACUACACCAGAAUUUACCACACCAGAAUUUACUACACCGGAAUUUACUACAUCGGAAUUUACUACAUCGGAAUUUACUACAUCGGAAUUUACUACACCAGAAUUGUCAUCGAAUAUAUCUACAUCUACGUCAUCGCCAAUAUUUGAACAACUUUUUCAGGUUGAAGGAGGAUAUCCUAGUACAAACUUUUCUAUCCAGAGCAAUACACCAGUUAACUUUCUGCCGCUUAACGUGAAUGAACAAACUGAUUUCAAUUUCAAACCCGAUUUUAAAAACGAUUUCGAUAUCAAUUUCAAGAACAAUUUCAAUUUCAACAAUGAUUUCAAUUUCAAUAACAAUUUCAAUUUCAAUAGCAAUUCUAAUUUCAAUAACGAUAUCAAUUUCAAUAGCAAUUCUAAUUUCAAUAACGAUAUCAAUUUCAAUAACAAUAUCAAUUUCAAUAAUGAUAUCAAUUUCAAUAACGAUAUCAAUUUCAAUAAUGAUAUCAAUAAUGACUUUAUCACAACUAGCCAAUCUUAUAGAAAUUUCUUACCUUUACGGGAUUCACAACUUGUACCAGUCGAACAAAACAAUCAAAAUAAGAAAAAUAACCAAAACAAGCAAAGCAAACAAAAUGACCAAAGCAAACAAAAUGACCAAAGCAAACAAAAUAACCAAAGUAGCCAAGGUAACCAAGGUAUCCAAAUUCAAGCGUACCAACCAAUUGAUCAAAGUUAUCUCGACACUUUGCAACAAACGCAGGAAUUUAACAUGUUACCACAGGAAUUUAACAUGUCAUCUCAGAACAUUACGGAUAUUUCAUUAAAUAAUGAAGUUCCUAGACCUAACGAUGCAUUCAAUACAUUUGGAAUUAUUACUCAAAAUUCUAAUAUUAGCAUGAAUGA